AUGGGCAAAGCAGGGCGUGCAGUAUGCAUCUUCACGCCGAUGGCGCUGACUAUUGCCUCCUUCGUCUGCGUUCUUCUCAUCAACCUGGGUGGCAUUGAUAAACACUCGACAACAUUAAACGAUCUCCAUUUCUUCAGCGCCGACUUCUCAAAUUUCACAACCGACAGUAGUACCUUGGGUACAGUGAUCAACCUGGCCAAGGAGGAAGGUUUCAUCUCCAACAAGUACGAAAUCUUCCUCUGGAACUACUGUGACAGUGGCAAUGGCACAAGCAGUACAAACAUCACUCACUGUUCUGCUCGUCAAACCGGUUUCUGGUUCAACCCCUACCAGUCAUAUGUCUCUAGCAAUGCCGAUGCUCUCUACGACAAGGUUCUCGACAGCAGCACCCGCAAAUCAAUUGACCUGUACAAGAAGGUCAGCAAGUGGAUGUUCGCCGCCUACUUCGCAGGUCUCUGGGCCUUGGUCCUCACCAUCGUCUUUGGCAUAUUCGCCGUCUGCUCGCGCUGGGGCAGCUUCCUUACCUGGAUCUGCGCCAUCAUCUCGACCAUUCUCAUCUUCGGAGGCUCCAUCACAGCUACAGUCAUGUUCAGCAUUCUCGUCUCAACUCUGCACGAAAAGCUCAAGGACUAUAAUGUCAAGGUCAGCUUGUCCGGCCACAUGCUUGCCGUGACAUGGCUCGCCACCGCCUUCAUCCUCAUCGCCACCCUGUUCUGGCUCUUCAGCUGCUGCUGCUGCUCCGGCAAGUCCAACCCCCACCACAUCCGCAACAAGGAAGCUCCCGCCGCCGAGCUCGGCCUGCCCAAAGCUGGCUUCCUCAACAGAGGCAGAAGCAUGAAGUCCGAGAAGAGCGGCGCCGGCUACGAACGUGUCGAAUCUCCUUAUGCUCACCAUCGUGGCGCUUCUGAUGCUGUUCCUCUCACACACGUCGACGGUGGCGCUGCAGACUCGUACUACAAGCAGGAAACCGGAUAUACACAUGAGCCUCAGAGUCCUGUGUGGAAUGCUAGUGCUGCUCCUUAUGGCGGUGACUACCACCGUGGUGCAGCCUAUGAACCUUACCGCUACAACCACUAA